GAUGGUUUUGGUUUGGUUUGUUUUUUUUUUUUGAAAAGUCCCGACUUCAGCGAUAGCUUUCUUGAAUUAGAGGGUUUCGAACCUCUCGUAGAUCUCCAGCCUUGUUUACCCUACCGCAGGUAUUCAGUUUAUUGAUUGCUAAAUCUCAGGGUUUUCCGUUAUAGUGGUCCAUGUUAUUCGAAUCUCCACCGAAGGCGAAAACCGCGGCUUGAUCGUUUUUUUUUUUUUACUUUUCAUUUUUACGGAUUCUGAUCAAAGCUCUAGCUUUGAGAAUUCCACGUCUUCUGGUUAUAUGUGUUGCUAUCGUGCUGGUUUGGAAUCGUUUGCUUCAGGAAUUGUGGUUCUUUGUUGCCUUUUGCGAACUGUUUAGUUUGGGCGAUAUUAAAGAUCCGGUUUUUUAGCAUAUGGAUGUGACUAGUUGGACUCAUGACUACUAUGAAGAUAAAGGAAAGCUGCGCAGAGAACAAGCAGUCUAUUACUGCAUCGGGUUCGUCGCUCUCGGAGGAGAACUAUGGCUUCUCCAGGAUGUCCCCGGCUGCUUCUUAUCCUGCAACUUCUACUCCGUCCCAUAGGAGAACUAGUGGUCCUAUACGGCGAGCAAAAGGUGGUUGGACACCAGAGGAGGAUGAAACUCUUAGGCGUGCUGUUGAAUUACACAAGGGAAGAAGUUGGAAGAAAAUAGCUGAAUCCAUUCCCGAUAGGACAGAAGUGCAGUGUCUCCACAGGUGGCAAAAGGUUAUCAAUCCCGAACUUGUUAAAGGUUCUUGGACUCCAUUGGAAGAUGAUGUAAUCAUAAAUCUUGUUGCUAAGUAUGGUCCAACAAAAUGGUCUGUAAUAGCCAAAUCACUUCCAGGACGCAUUGGAAAACAAUGCCGAGAGAGGUGGCACAAUCAUUUAAACCCAGAGAUUAGGAAAGAUUCUUGGACCCUUGAGGAGGAAAUUGAGCUUAUGAAAGCCCAUAUUAAACAUGGGAAUAAAUGGGCUGAAAUUGCAAAGGUGAUACGUGGAAGGACUGACAACUCCAUAAAAAAUCACUGGAAUAGCUCUUUAAGGAAGAAGCUGGAUUACUAUUUGAGAACCGGUAAACUUCCACCUGUUCAGGGGACUUGCAUGUUUAACACUGCCCCAGAUGCAGGAAACUUGGGUGCUAGGCAGUUGAUUUAUUGCUUAAAUGGUGGGUUAGAAACAGAUGUUAAGAAUGUUCCAGAAACUUCAAGUAAUGUUUCUUCAAGUCUACGUGCUAAAAUGGCAGAUAAGCAUGAUAGUGUGAAUCCCUUGACUGCUUCAGUUUCAGACUCACACCAUUUGAGAACUGGUAACCUUGCACCUGUUCAGAGGACUGGCAUACUUAGUCUGAAUCCCUGGAUCUCUUCGAGGGAUGUCGUGGUGGGAGAAGCCGAUAAUUCUAUUAGUGGUGAAUGCGAUGCACAGGUGCCUGAAAUAGUUCCUGUAGACGAACAGGAUGCUUCUGAUUCAGGCGUAAAGUAUUGCAAAUGUAUUGGAAAAAAUUCUCAAAAUGAGGAACCUUCUGAAACAACGCUUUGCUCGGUUCCUUCUAACGUUAGUUUUCUCUGUUAUAAACCGCCUCGAUUAGAAGAUCUUGCAAUUGAUAAAUGGAGUCAAAUGAGCAAGUGUUCCAGCGAGCAAAGCAUUGAAUCCUUUUUAAAAGAUGCAGCUAGGAGCUUCACUAACACUCCAUCGAUAAUAAAAAGAAAAGAAGCAAUCACGUCUUUGCCUUCUGAUAUUGUUACCGAUACCAUGCAAUCAAAUGAAAUCAGGGUGCAUGACGGAUGUACUCCAAAUGACGGAAAUGUUUGCAGUUACACAGAAGGAUCCAGGUCGUCAGUAUCGAAGUUCUAUUCAGGUGCUUGUGCUUCAAACGGAGCUUUGUUCACAAAUGAAGAUGAUUUUAAUGUUUCUCCACCAUAUCGGAUAUCGUGUAAGAGGAAGGCAAUUUUCAGAUCAGUGGAAAAACAAUUAGAUUUUACAUUGGCCGAAGGAUACUCUGAUGGAAAUGCCAAAGAUUCAAGCUUGGCUGCCAAAGAUUCAAGCUUGGCAGGCAACAUAAACUCCUUGAGCCCCAACUCCACUACUGUGCAGGCUUUGAGCAUGCAGAGGAGAAGGCUGGCGGAGAACCCUUCUGGAGGUAACGAAAGAGACUAUUCAAGUAUUACUAAGAUGGGUGUGGUCUGAUGGAGUUGAAGUUAGAGAGGCUUUAAAGAAGAUGAAGGGUGGAAAAGCUAUUGGACCUGAUGAUAUUUCAAUAGAGGUGGAUGAAGGGAUUUCUUGGCUUACUAAACUUUUUAAUACUAUUUUGAAGA